CUUGGUCUGCAGUCAAUCGAACUGUUGGCUUGCUGAGAAUUACAACACUGGUUUUCAGCUGCUAAGCUUUCAUCAUGCCUUUCAUCGACGACGGCGAGUCCAGGCCCGUGGGCUCGUAUCCGAACAGCGGCAUCGAUGUUCUGAUCGUCGGCACCGGCCUUGCGGGCCUCACGGCGGCUAUCGAGUGUGUGAGAAAGGGACACAACGUCCGGGUUCUGGAGAGAAAUGACGACAUCAACACUGCCGGCGACAUGUACUUUAUGGGCCUGUCAGCGACCAAGUUCUUCAAGCACUGGCCUGAGAUGGCCAAGGAGUUUGACGAGAUCUCUCUGCAUAACUGCUGGAUCGAGACUUUCAAGCACGAUGGCGACCAGAUGAUCACACCUCUCAAAGUGUCCGACCGGCUUCGGGAUGCAGGUCUGGAUCCUGACACACCUCCUGGGACGUUUCAAAUGCGCCCCCUUGUGUACAAGAUGUACGUCCGCCAGGUCGAGAAGCUAGGCGUCAAAAUUCAGUUUGGAAAGCGAGUGGUAGAGUACUGGGAGGACGAGUCUCGAGGCAAGGCUGGCGUGGUUACCGACAAGGGCGAGAGAUAUGAAGCCGAUGUCGUGAUUGCUGCAGAUGGUGUUGGGUCGAAGAGCCAGAAGCUCGUGGGAGGCCAAGUGCGAGCCAUGAAAUCAGGCAGGGCCAUGUGGCGAGCUGCAUUCCCGAUACACCAUGUCGAUAAGAAUCCUGAAGUGAAGGAGUUCUUCAAAAUGAUCAAGGGAGAAUCUGGGGAGGAGCCGAUUGUGCGAACCUGGCUUGGCCCAGGAACAUAUGCCAUGACCCUCACGCGUCCGGACACCAUGAUUUGGGUCAUGAACCACGAUGUUACUGGCUCCGAGAAGGAAUCGUGGAACCACACCAUCGACGCCCAGGAGGUACUGGACAACAUGGACAAGGGCGUCGGGCCAAAGCCAUGGGCACCAAUGUUCAAGGAGCUGAUUAAACUGACACCUCCCAACACCAUCGUUAAUUUCGAGCUGUUUUGGAGAAAUCCGCAACCCAAGUGGGCAUCUCCCGGGGCUCGUGUCAUCAACAUUGGCGAUGCAGCCCAUUCCUUUCUCCCCGCGUCUGGAAACGGCGCCACUCAGGCCAUUGAAGAUGCUAUCUCGCUGGCCUCCUGCCUUCAGAUCGGCGGCAAAGAAAACAUCCCGCAGUCUGUCAGAGCUCACGUCCGCAUGCGCUUCAUCCGGAAUGCAUGUGCGCAAAAGCUGGGUUUCAGCAACGCCGAGCUGCUGCAGGAUACCGACUGGACCAAGGUCAAGCUGGACCCGCGCGUGGCCCAACCCAAGCUCCCCAGCUGGGUCUGGGGACACGAUCCCGAGAAGUAUGCCUACGAGGUGUACGAUCGCGUGGUCGAGAGCAUGAGGCGUGGUGUACCGUUCGACGAGGAUGACAGCAUCCCACCAAACUACCCGGCCGGGUACAAGUACGAGCCGUGGAGCAUCGAAGACAUCAUGGAGGACAUGAAGAACGGCAAGUCGAUCGAGCUUGGGUCGGGCAACUGGGACUAGGAGAUGGAUAGAUAUUCGUGUUCUUUUCCGGAGUGCGUCGCAUGUUUGUUUGGCCUGAAGAUUGGGCACCUAUUUUUCCUGUGUUUAGAUUCUGUACAAUGCCAUGAGCGAA